UGCCAGCAUUGGCCAUCUCCUAAUUCCUUUUUAAGCAAAGACAAAGCUUAACCGUCCAAACCAUGCUCUAAAUAGGAAAGCUGAGAAAGGUUCGUUCCCGGGCCGUACCAAAUCCCACUUUCAGUUUUCAACUCGUUGCUCAGCUUCCUCCGGCAUUACUUGUAUAUAUACCACUGUCACUUUUCGCAAAUUCCUCAAGCUUUUUGGCUCUGUUGUCAUUCCACAAAGCACUCAUUAGAAGAAGAAGAGACAAGAAAAACAAAGAGAAAGUCCUAAAAAAGCCUUUAAACAUGGGCCCCACGAGUCUCCUCCUUUGCUUUUCUGUUUUGCUAGCUCUCUCUUCGGCCGCUCAGGCUUACAAUAUCACCAGGUUGUUGGCACAAUAUCCAGAUUUUGGGUUGUUCAACCAAUACAUCGGUGAUUCCAGCCUCGCCGGUGAGAUCAACGGACGCGGUACCGUCACGGUUUUGGCCGUCGACAACUCAUCGCUCUCUUCCAUCUCCGGCCGGUCCAAAGACUCCAUCAAGGCCAUCGUCAGCGCCCACAUCAUCCUCGACUACUACGACGAGAAGAAGCUCAUGAACAUCCAGAACGACAGCACCACAUUGACCACUCUCUACCAGUCCAGCGGCGUCGCAAAUAAUAACCAGGGUUUCCUCCUCGUGUACAACGCCGGCGGCGGCCAUUUCUACUUCGGUUCCGCGGUGAAAGGCGCUCCUCUCAACGCUCAGUUCGUGAAGACCGUCACUACUCAGCCUUACAACAUCUCCGUUCUCCAGGUUUCUCAGCCUAUCAUCCCCCCAGGCAUUGAUGCUCAGAGUCCAUGGCCCGCACCUGGAGCUCACACCACUUUCCCACCGAAGCAGGACGACGGUUCGGAGGCACCGGCGGAGUCUCCGUCCGAUGAUGAUAGCGAGGCCGAUGCACCAAGUGAUGACACUGGUGAUGGUGAUGCCGAAGCUCCAUCCCCUUCACCGAGCAGUGCACCUGUACCUGCACCGGCAGAUGCUCCGGGACCGUCCGAUGAUUCGGCUGCCGAUGACAGCGACUCGUCUUCUCCGAGCAGCUCCACACGCGUCAAGAUGGGAUUGGUGGGAACAGCCAUGGCCGUCGCUUCCCUUUUGGUCGCCUUGUGACUCGAAUGAAGGAAUGAAUGAGAAAGGGAAAGAAAAGAAAGGACAAGGAAGAGGAAGAGGAAGAGGAGGAAGGACAUAGUUGUCACUGGAAUAACGUGCGGGGAAAAAAAGGUGGAAAACGUUUGAGAAAAACAAGUGUGGGUGAUUAAUUAAUAAAAAUUCAUCAAAAUAAAUUAAAAGAGUGUUAAAAGUCUAACACAUAUUUAUUUUUGGGGGGUUUUUAUUGGGUUUCUCGUUCAUU